UUUAAGAAAAUAAGGAGUGCUCAAUUGUUUUCUAUAAACAGACUUGAUUCAGUGUAGCCAAAGAACUAUCGAUAUCGUUAAAGCAAUUAACCCUAAAAUUCGAAAAUGUUGAAAAGGAAGUCCGAAUUCGGCAUGUCGAAGGCGCCGGAUUUGCCGGAGGAAUUGACGGCGAAUAUCCUGCAAAGGUUGCACGCUGAACAGAGACUGGGGAGUGCGCAGCUAGUGUGCAGUACUUGGCGGAGAGUCUGCAAAAAUCCCGCCAUGUGGCGCGUUAUUGAUUUGGACUAUCGACGUUGCGAAUUUGACAUCAUUUGCCGCUGCGCUGUGGAUCGUAGCCAGGGACAGUUGAUCGAGCUCAAGGUUAUCAAUAUGGAAGAAUAUUUUGGGUUUCUAAACUACGCCGCCGACCGAUCAAGUCAGCUUUGAUGCCUUACACUCGCAUGGUAUGAGCAAAUGGAAACUGAUUUGACUGAUAUGAUGGAAAAACUCCCUCAACUGGAAGAGUUGCACCUUAUCAGGAUGCCAUCUCUCACUCCCAAACAAUUUGCAACCAUUGGCAUCUCUUGCCCCAUGUUGAAAUUAUUUACAUAUAGCCAACAUUGGUACGAACAUCCAUUAUUUCCAGAAGAUGAGGAUUUCCAUGGUGAAGAUUUCUGCACUAAGCAUGCUACUGCAAUUGGAAAAAGCAUGCCUAAUCUGCGCCAUCUCAGACUUUGGGAACUGUAUACGAAGAACAAGGGAGUGGAAGCGAUUCUCGAUGGCUGCCCCCACCUUGAAUCACUCGAUCUUCGAACAUGCUCUGGUGUUGAUCUAGAUGAAGCUCUGUUUAACAGAUGUAUAAAGCAAUUAAAAGAUCUGAUACUCCCUACUGACGGUAACACUAGUGAUCCUGAUUUGCUUGAAGAUCCUGGAUAUGAAAGUUGGGAUGUCAUUAGAUCAUCGAAUUUGGCAGAUUUCUGCAGGCCUGAUUCGUCUGAUGACGGCUUCGCUGAUGAUGAUGGUUGUGGAGGAUUUGCUGAUUCUUACGAUUUCAAACCUUUUUAGAUGAAAAUGCUAAGGUGCCUGAGAUUUCAAGAUAUGUCUUCACUUUUUAUGUAGGUGUAGACGAUAAAGGUUCUUCUAUCGAUUUUGGCUUAAAUCUAUAUGGACAAAUACCACUCCUAACAUUUUAGUAGGCGUUUGUGUUGCUAGUUGGUUUCAAGUUGUAAGGCAGCAUUUUGGAGGUUUCAUUAUAUCUCCCCUUUUGCUUGGUAUAUCUCAAUGGAUUCUCUGUCUUUUAUUA